CACUCUUGAGGAUACGAAUCCAAAAGUCCAACCUCCGCAGUGUUAAUUUCAGGAAGAAGCAUCUUCACGGCUGAUGUCGCCGCUGUCUUUAUGAACCCAUCCGUCUGUAGAAGUCAGAACCGAGUUUUUUUAUGUAGCGACUAACCGCUCCGGACCUGCCAGCUAGCCUGAGAGCCGAUGCUAACAUGGACUGGCCAGGGAGCAGAAAGGCUCUACUGUGCUGCAUUCUAGCCUUGCUUUUCUACGCUGCUCCCCAGCAGAAGGGGUGUUGCAGUGCCAGCACGGUUGCCCUUCCUGAAAGCUUGCUCUUUGUGUCCACCUUGGAUGGAAACCUGCAUGCAGUGAGCAAGAAAUCUGGCUCGAUCAAAUGGACUCUGAAAGAAGAUCCAGUUCUUCAGGUCCCCACACAUGUGGCAGAACCGGCGUUUCUUCCAGACCCCAACGACGGCAGCCUGUACUCUCUGGGUGGGAAGAAUAACGAAGGCCUCACGAAAUUACCGUUCACCAUCCCUGAGUUGGUCCAAGCUUCACCGUGUCGCAGCUCAGAUGGAAUCCUCUACAUGGGUAAAAAGCAGGACUUGUGGUAUGUGGUGGAUUUGCUUACAGGAGAAAAACAGCAGACUCUGACAUCAUCCUUCGCUGAGAUGCUCUGUCCGUCUUCAUCCCUUCUCUAUCUGGGACGCACCGAGUACACUAUCACCAUGUACGACACAAAGAAUAGAGAGCUGCGCUGGAAUGCCACCUAUUCCGACUAUGCCUCAACCCUCCCUGACGAUGACAUCAAAUACAAAAUGGCUCAUUUUGUGUCCAACGGCGAUGGCCUGGUGGUGACUGUGGACAGUGAGACAGGAGACAUUCAGUGGGUGCAGAACUACAAUUCACCGGUGGUGGCCAUGUACAUUUGGCAGCGUGAGGGUCUUCGUAAAGUUCCCCACACUAACGUGGCCGUGGAAACGCUGCGCUACCUCACCUUCAUGUCCGGAGAGGUUGGACGGAUAACUCAGUGGAAGUAUCCGUUUCCAAAAGAGAAGAAGCCCAAAAAUAAAUUCAUGGCCACUUUAUACGUGGGUAAAUACUCUACAAGUCUGUACGCUUCACCCUCUUUGGUACACGAUGGAGUGACAGUGGUGCCUCGUGGAAGCACCUUCCCCCUGCUGGAAGGCCCUGAUAGCCAGGAGACAGAGGAGGAUAAGGAGUGUUUCAUCACACCCAGCACAAGCGUGAAAUUCAACGCUGGCCUUCGAGAGCGAAACCGGAUCAACUUUAUGAGGAACUAUCUGCUUCUCAUUGGUCAUCAUGAAACACCUCCUGAGGCUCACACAAAGAUCCUGGAAACAUUCCCUGAAAACUUCCCUCGUAACCAAGGCAAUGUCAUCCCACCUACUACUGACAAGAAAGGAGAAGAGAAGGUCAAUGAUAGUGGCAUGGAUGAAGGUCAACCGUCUACCUCCAUCCAGGAACCAGGGGCCAGCAGCCGUACAGUGCGCUCAGAGGCCCCAGUAGACUCCAUGCUCAAAGACAUGGCCACCAUCAUCUUCUCCACUUUCCUUUUGGCCGGCUGGUUGGCUUUUGUCAUCAUCUACCCUAAGAACGUCCACAGGCAGCAGCAGCUACAGCACCAGGAGUUCCAGAGGCAGAUGGAGGAGCGGUUGGAGCUCCUCCAGAGGCAGCAACCCUUCCCACCUGUAGACGUGGGAUUAGGUUUGGCUUCAGACGGCGACUUCUUAGAUGUUGCUCGCACUCGCUCUGACUGCUCAGACCACAGCAGCCCCAAUAUCACCCCCCGUGCCUCCAACCACUCCAACCUGUCUGUGUCUGAGGUGGGGAGCUCCACUAAUGAGCAAGAAGAUGGAGAAGACGACUUUACUACCGUCAGAGUCGGCAACAUCACCUUCCAUCCUAAACAGAUGCUGGGCCAUGGUGCCGAGGGGACUAUUGUAUACAAGGGGAAGUUUGACAACCGUCCAGUGGCGGUAAAGAGAAUCCUGCCAGAAUGCUUCAGCUUUGCAGACAGAGAGGUUCAGCUGCUCAGAGAGUCUGAUGAGCAUCCUAAUGUGAUCCGGUACUUCUGCACCGAGAGGGACCGUCAGUUCCAGUACAUCGCAAUAGAGCUGUGUGCUGCCACUCUUCAGGAGUAUGUGGAGAAAAAGGAUUUCAACCGUCAUGGGCUUGAGCCAGUCGUGCUUCUGCAGCAGACCAUGUCAGGAUUGGCCCAUCUGCAUUCUCUCAAAAUAGUUCACAGAGACCUGAAGCCUCACAACAUUCUGGUGUCGAUGCCAAACGCACACGGCCGAGUCCGAGCGAUGAUCUCAGACUUCGGUUUGUGCAAGAAGCUGGCGGUGGGUCGUCACAGUUUCAGCAGGAGGUCCGGGGUUCCAGGGACCGAGGGCUGGAUCGCUCCUGAGGUUCUCAGUGAGGACUUCAAAGACAACCCUACCUAUGCUGUGGAUAUCUUCUCUGCUGGCUGUGUCUUCUACUACGUGGUCUCUCAGGGUAGCCACCCCUUUGGCAAGUCUCUACAGAGGCAAGCGAACAUCCUGAUGGGUACAUACAGCCUCGACUAUCUGCAAAGUGACAAACAUGGUGACAUUGUUGCAAGAGAUCUCAUAGAGCAGAUGUUGAGCAUGGAUCCGCAGAGAAGACCUUCAGCUGAAAGUGUCCUCAAACAUCCUUUCUUUUGGAGUUUGGAGAAGGAGUUGCAGUUCUUCCAGGAUGUGAGUGACAGAAUAGAAAAGGAACCGCUGGACGGACCAAUUGUGAGGCAGCUGGAGAGAGGAGGGAGAGCCGUCGUCAAGAGCGACUGGAGAGAGCACAUAACGGUGCCGCUGCAGACAGAUCUGCGGAAGUUUCGCUCCUAUAAGGGUGGGUCGGUCCGAGACCUUCUGCGUGCAAUGAGAAACAAGAAACAUCAUUACCGGGAACUGCCAGCUGAGGUGCAGGAGACUCUGGGCUCCAUCCCCGAUGACUUUGUCUCAUACUUCACAUCCCGCUUUCCUCACCUCCUUAUGCACACCUACCUCGCCAUGAGGAUCUGUGCGCCCGAGAGGCCUUUCCUGCCUUACUACCCUGCUGCACAGCAGCAGCAAAAAACACAGACGCAGGGUUUGCAAAGACUCGCUGAGCAAUGCACUCAAUCCCUGAAAAGUUCCACAUCACUACCUACGUUACAAACGCAAGAAGAGUCUCAUUUAUCACAGUCUGUGCAGUCAUCCAGAGAACACUCAGUAUCUUCAGACUCUUCUGUUCAAACAUGUCACCCUGAAAUUCUCGAACACACCACAGCGUCUGACCUGUGUGAAAAUGUCUCAAAAUGGCCUACAGAUCCUCUUAGGCCUGAUAUAUUCACUACCCUGGACAACACAAGCAGUGCAGACUGAGCCAAUGCUAAAGUGGACCCAGGUGGGGCGUGGGAGCUUUGCCUUAAACAGUGGAGAACAUUCAGGGGUUGGCUGCUGUGCCACGGUGAGAAGCAGGCCUGCAGUGCCUGCAAUCACCUGCAGGCACAGCAGGCGGACCGCAAACAAAAGUGCCUUCUGCUGGUCUGGAUUCAGGUGUGUCCGUCUAUCUUCUCCGCGCAGACGCCCAACUGCCGGCAAGGUGUCGUUGGUUCAAUUCUUGUAGCUUGACUGAGAAAAGAAAUGGCUUUUAAAUGUUAUUUUUAUGACACUGUGCAAAAAAGAAAUGCUCAAUGUUGUGGAAAAUGUCUGCAAAUGUUAAACAAUUGGGUAGUUUUAUUGUGCAAUGUGUGCUUGUCAGUAAGAGCAUUUGCUACAGAUGCUGUUUGUGUGAUUUUUGUACUGAAAGAUUGAAAUUCUGGGUCAUAAAUUGCUUAACAUGGCCCAUGUGCCUUUUUUUAUAUAUCUAUAUAUGAAAACCCAUCACUGUGCUGCAUGGGUACUGAUCUUUAAAAAGCCUGUGCUUUAUAUGCUUGAUUCCACUUGAUGCUGCUAGAAUCUGUGUCUAUCUGUGUUGCUGACUCAGAUGUUCCAAAGUAUCAGGAUCAAGGAAAUGAUUGAAUCCUCAUCUUGAUGUUGAGAAUGAGUUGAAAAGUGGAGCCGGAAAAUGUUAAUUUUUUUUUUUUUUAAGUGUCAUAAUGUCGUAAUGACUUGCACAUAUUAAAUUCUAUGGUUUUCU